AUGCCGGAAACUACUAAAGCACGAAGUAAUGCUAAGUGGGAUGAUGAUGCCAACAUUAAAUUUAUAGAUUUGUGUGAAAAUGAGAUUAGACAAGGACGUAGACCACACACUCAUUUAAAUAGAGAUGGAUGGAAUAAUGUUGUCGAAGGAUUCAAUAGAGCCAUGGGAAAAAACUACGAUAAAAAACAAAUGAAAAAUCGUUGGGAUAACAUGAAAAAAGAUUGGAUUCUUUUUAAGAAGUUGAUGAGAGGGGAGACAGGUUUAGGAUGGGAUACCACAAAAAAUACAAUUAUGGCAGAUGAUGAUUGGUGGGAGCGAAAAAUUAAGGAUGAUCGAUACAAUAAGUUCAGUAAAGUAGAUCUUUCACUUAUAUGGUAUCGCUAUGAUACGUUGUUUUCUGAUAUUGUUGCUACUGGAGAAAGAGCACGUGCAGCGAAUCAAGAACAAAUGUAUGGCAUCAGAGUAGAUCUUGAUGAAGAAGGAACAAAUAAUUUUGAUGGCUAUGACAAGGAACACUUGGUCAAUCCUAGUGAUGAAGGAAAUGAUGAAAGUGAUGAUAUACAAAAUGUGGAAUCUAUUAUAUUUCCUAAGCCGUCACUUAAAAGACGAGGUUCAAUUGAUGAUACUGGCACUGGCAAUCAAGUCAAAACAAAUAAGGCAAAAUCUAGUGCGGCAUCAUUCAGAGAGGAUAUACACUCUUUAGUGGAGAUUAUGUCUAGUAAAAGCACUGCUACAUCCCCGUCGGUAGAUGAUUCCGUCAUCGAUAAGUGUAUGAAUAAGUUGGCAACUUUUUCUGAUAUUCCUCCUAGGAGUGGAAAGUACAACUAUGUUUGCAACAUGUUUCUUAAGAAGGAUGUACGUCAACUGUUUCUUAAGAUGGAAACUGAUGAAGCUCGAAAAUCUUGGUUGGAGUAUAACUAUCAGUUACACCUUGAGAAAAUGGGAUGAUUGCAUUGCUAUGGUUAAAUGUUUUUAUUGUUUAA